AUGGCUCAAAGUUUGCUGUCUCGAUACCCAUGGGUAUCCAGUCCAUUCGUGGUCAGCGCCCCAAUGAAAGUCAUGUCCGGCCCAGCACUCGCUGUAGCCGUAUCGCGCGCCGGCGGACUAGGAUUUAUCGGACCUGGCGCAAAGACACAAGACACAACCGAGGACUUGGAAAAAGCAUCAACGCUCAUUCGGGGCGCUAACACAAUACCCACUACCUCUUCCGCUUUACCCGUCGGUGUGGGAUACCAACUCUGGGCUGAUGAUGUUGGGAUCGCUGUUGCAGCUAUCGAAAAAUAUAGACCCUGUGCUGCUUGGCUAUAUGCCCCCAAGCAAGGGCCCGAAGAUUACAACGAUUGGUCCAGCAAGAUCCGAAAAGCCUCUCCUGAAACCCAGAUUUGGAUCCAGAUUGGCACGCUGAAAGAAGCGAAGCAGCUUCUCCAGAUAUCAGAGCGACCAGAUGUUGUUGUAGUACAAGGUGCCGAGUCUGGGGGCCAUGGUCGGGUGAAUGACGGCAUGGGAUUGAUGUCAUUGCUCCCUGAAGUGGCAGAUGCCAUGGCAAACAGCCGGAUUCCUCUGUUUGCGGCCGGCGGCAUUGCCGACGGGAGAGGCGUUGCUGCGGCAAUUUGUCUUGGUGCCUCCGGUGCAGCGAUGGGAACUCGUUUCCUGGCUGCUACCGAAGCGCGCAUUAGUCGGGGUUAUCAAGAUGAAGUCGUGCGUGCGUCUGAUGGCGCGGCCUCAACAACCCGUACGCUGUUGUACAACCAUCUUAGAGGAACAUUUGGGUGGCCGAAAGAAUACAGCCCUCGCACUAUUGUGAAUCAAUCUUUUGUUGAGCAACAGCAAGGAAAGUCUUUUGAGGAACUCCAAAGGCUUCAUGAUGAAGCUGCUAAGGCGGGUGAUAAGGGCUGGGGUCCCAGUGGUCGACUUGCAACAUAUGCUGGUGCGUCAAUCGGACUGAUACACGAUGUCAAGAGUGCGGCAGAUAUUGUUCGUGAGACUCAAAAUCAGGCGCUUCAGAGGCUUCAGCUACAAGCCCCCCUCAAGAAUUAA